AUGGCAGCAGACGUGGCGGCGUGGCUUCCGUUCGCCCGCGCCGCGGCCAUAGGAUGGAUGCCCGUGGCGAGCGCCCCGAUGCCCAUCCCUCCGAAGGAGAAGAGGAAAGCCAAAGACGGACUCAUCAUCCUCAACGUGAGCGGCACCAGGUUUCAGACGUGGCGAAACACGUUGGAGCGAUACCCGGACACGCUGCUGGGCAGCUCGGAGAGAGACUUCUUUUUCCACGAGGAAACCCACGAGUACUUCUUCGACCGUGACCCCGACAUCUUUAGACACAUCCUCAAUUUUUACCGCACGGGGAAACUCCACUACCCACGCCAAGAGUGCAUCUCGGCGUACGACGAGGAGCUGGCGUUUUUCGGGAUUAUACCCGAGAUCAUCGGGGACUGCUGCUACGAGGAGUACAAAGAUCGAAGACGCGAGAACGCCGAGAGGCUCCAGGACGACGACGACAUGGACAACGGCAAUGACGUCACGCCCGUGAACCUGACCGUCCGGGAGUUUCUGUGGCGGGCUUUCGAGAACCCCCACACCAGCACCUUAGCCCUCGUCUUCUACUACGUCACUGGGUUUUUCAUAGCCAUAUCCGUAAUGGCCAAUGUGGUCGAGACAGUUCCGUGUGGGACGUUGCCUAACCGGUCCAAGGAGGUCUCCUGUGGAGAGCGUUACGCGCUGGCCUUUUUCUGCCUGGACACGGCGUGCGUCAUGAUAUUCACCGUAGAAUACCUCCUGCGCCUGAUCGCCGCGCCCAGCCGCUACAAGUUCAUGAAAAGCGUGAUGAGCGUCAUCGACGUGGUCGCCAUCAUGCCUUACUACAUCGGCCUGGUCAUGACGGACAACGACCAAGUGAGCGGCGCGUUCGUCACUCUGAGAGUCUUCCGCGUCUUUCGGAUUUUCAAAUUUUCCCGCCACUCCGCCGGCCUGCGCAUCCUGGGCUACACCUUGAAGAGCUGUGCCUCGGAGUUGGGUUUCCUGCUCUUCUCCCUCACCAUGGCCAUCAUCAUCUUCGCCACCGUCAUGUUUUACGCCGAGAAAGGCUCCUCGGCCAGCAAGUUCACCAGUAUCCCCGCGGCUUUUUGGUACACCAUCGUCACCAUGACAACACUGGGGUAG